GUUCCAGAUGCGAAGCUUUUGCCAUUCAACAAUGAGUUUUUCGAUAAAAUUUUCCAUGUUCAUUCGUCAUAUUUUUGGACAGCUGAUUUACCAGAAACAUUGGUUGAAAUCAUGCGGGUGCUGAAGCCUGGCGGACUAUUUGUUUCGGGCAUGUACCUCAAAAAGCUCGAGCUUCUGGAAAAAGGCAGGAUACUAAGGCGGCGACAGUUCGAUCCUGCACGAUACAUCUUCGAAUUGGAACCGGCAGGCUUCACCGAUGUGAAAGUAAAAAAAAAAAAAUUUAUCGUUGUCACAAAACUCGAAGGUAUCUUCUUGUGUUUAUUGCAGAUGGAGUACAUUAAAGGGACGGCGAGAAAGGAAUAUCAAGUGAUAUAUGCAAGGAAGCCGUUGGAAGCGAAAGAACUACGAGAUCCAGACGAAGUGGAGGCUUUCCUGCAAAGCCGAUUGACUCGAGAGUACAUCAUUGAGCGUGGAAUCGAUGAGGGCCUAUCACUGCCAGAAAUCGAGCGGGAACUUGCCUUUGAUAAGUCUGAUGAUAAAGUCCCGCAACUGGAUAAAGCAAAGGAUAAACCUCUUCAGAUUCCUGGAUCGAAAGCGUCCUGA